AUGGGAGCCGCAAAGUUGCUAAAAGAGAAAAGACCAAAGAUUUUCCGGACAUCAUGUGCGACACAUACCAUUAACCUUAUGCUUGAAGGUAUUGGUGGGCUUCCAAGGUUCAAGAAAGUCUUAGAUCAAGAAAAGCAACUAACCAUCUUCAUUUAUGCCCACCACAAAACAUUAGCUAUGAUGAGAAAAUUCACUAACAAAAGGGAUAUCAUCCGACCGGGUGUUACGAGAUUUGCUUCCGCCUAUCUAACAUUACAAAGUUUGUCUGAAAAAAAAGAGCAACUAAGGCAUAUGUUCUCUAGCAACAAAUGGGAGGAAUGUAAAUUUUCAAAUGCAGUUAAAGGGAGAUCUAGUCAUACAUUGGUGACAGGUUCCACAUUUUGGGCGGGUGUGGUACUUUGCUUAAAGGUGUUUUCCCCUUUGGUGAAAGUCCUUCGUAUGGUUGAUGCGGAUUGGAAGCCCUCGAUGGGUUUUGUUUAUGGUGAGAUUCAAAAAGCAAAAAAAGAAAUCAUUGAUGCUUUAGGCGGUAACAAAAAAGCAUAUGAGCCUAUCAUAAAUAUCAUAUCAAAGAAAAUGAAAGAUGGAGUUGGCAUAGUUGGUGAUGGUCAAGGAACCGAUGAACUCGGACAAAGUUCAAGAACAAGAGAACUUUUAGAUGAAGAUUUUGCGUCAGGGAGUGAGGAGGAAGUAUUUGAAGAAGUUGAUUAUGAAUUGGAUGGAGUUCACAUCAUGAAAGAAUGCGGAGAUAAAGAGUAG